CUUGUCUUGUUGUCAGAACUAGCAGAAAAAAAGAGAAGUGCUAUUUCGUCCGAGACGAGAGAAAUUCCGAGUUCAAUUGCUUUUUUGUGUUUGCUAACAAUUUGCCAGUGGCUUAUGCGCCACACAUUUAGGAAUUGCAAUUGUACAUCACUGAUGUGCUGCGGAGAAGGUGAAGAACGAGUUGCAUAUUUUCGUUUGUUUCUCCUUCGCCCAUUAGCCAUCUCCCGCUUCCGUUGAUGGAACGUGUCUGGACGACGUGGAAUUGUACGUUCUGUGCCGCUGGUUACGUGUGACGGAGAGAUUACGAAGGCCAACAGUGAAUUGUUGUGUGGCGAGAUUUAUUUCGUUAUUUAUUGUUAGUAGUGCCUGGCGGUCGUGUAUUUCACAUUUCUUCAAAACGGUACGGCCAAAUUCGUUCUGUUCGCUAUCUGUUCGACGCGCCCAUUGCCUUGUGAAUUUGUAUAUGUUUGUGUGUGCGUGUGUGGGUAAGAGAGAGCAUUUCGUGAAAGGUCUCGUGCACCGCUGUUCGGCGUAACCGUACGACAUUCCUGUUGCCGAUAAUAUCGGUCCGACUGUGCUUAGUGUGCUUUGCGAAGGAAACCCGGGAGGGCAGAAAAGCUAAACACUAAGAAAACCGUCAACCCAGCACCACGCACGACGCAUCGUCAACUCUCGUCACUGCAGUGACAGCAACAUUCCAGUACAUAAAGCGACAUUAAAACCCACACAUAAUGGAUAAAUUUAUCAGCAUGUGGAAAGUGCGAGAACUCGCCGAUAAAGUAACGAACGUUGUCAUGAACUACACAGAAAUAGAGGGCAAGGUGCGCGAAGCAACAAACGAUGAACCGUGGGGUCCAACAGGACCAUUGAUGCAAGAACUCGCCCACGCUACCUUUACGUACGAGCACUUCCCGGAGGUAAUGUCAAUGCUGUGGAAGCGAAUGCUGCAGGACAACAAAACCAACUGGCGUCGAACGUAUAAAAGCUUGCUGCUGCUGAACUAUCUCGUACGCAAUGGAUCGGAACGAGUCGUUACCUCGUCCCGAGAACACAUAUACGAUCUGCGUUCGCUAGAAAACUACACCUUCGUCGAUGAAAAUGGCAAGGAUCAAGGAAUUAAUGUACGGCACAAGGUGCGAGAGUUGAUAGACUUUAUUCAAGAUGACGAUCGAUUGCGAGAAGAGCGCAAGAAGGCUAAAAAGAACAAGGACAAGUACAUCGGGAUGAGCUCGGAAGCGAUGGGUAUGCGUUAUGGAGGCAGCAGCGGUGGUGCAGGCAGUGGUGGCGGUAUGGACUAUGGUGGAUAUCGAGAUAGCUACGAGCGACGCAGUGAGGAUCGAUAUAACGAAACGAGGGACCAUCACGAAUACGACUACCAGUAUGAAGGUGAACGAGAAGAUUCCGAUGACGAAUCGAACGGACCACACGAUCGUUCAAACCGGUACCAGGAUCGAGAACCAUCAAAAAGCCCUGCCACGCGUCAGAACUCCAGUUUAUCCACUGGUUCCACGUCUGCUUUCGGAGGUGGUGGAGGUACUGGUGGUAGUGAACGGAAGAUAAAUCUGAACAUUAAACCUACCGGUAGUUCCUCCACUGGCAGUUCAUUGAGAAGCGCACAGAAAACGACAAAGAAAAUUGAUCUCGGAGCCGCCAGCGGGUUUGCUAAAACUGCAGCAACCGCAUCAGCCGCAUCGGCAUCGGCAACGCCGGUCGACCAGUUUGGCAUCAAUUCUCCAACACAUCGCAAUACGCAUGCCGAAGAAAUAGUAGGCACGGGUGGAAAGCAGCAAGACAUAAUAGAUGAUCUGUUUAAAACUUGUCCCACAAAAUCGGCUUCCACCACGGAUGCCCUGGUAGAUGAGGACGACUUCAACCCAAGAGCUACGGAAGACUUUGGAGAUUUUGAAUCGGCCUUUGGUGCUAGUACCGGCAAACCGGUAUUAACCACAACUACGAAGGGAGAUGAUUUUGCCGAUUUCGCAGCAUUCGGAAAAGAGCCCACGCAGCCUGCAGCGGCUGCACCUAGCACGGAAGCGAGCACCGAUCUACUGUUUGGUCUGAGUGUUGGGAACACUAGCACGGGAGCAUCGAACAAUGGUGGAGCACAGAUCGAUAUUCUUUCGGAUUUAAGUGGCCUUUCGCUCGGCUCCAACUCAAACGCGACACUAUAUCCAUCGAUGAACAAUGGUUCCGGUGGAUUGCUGCAACCAACACCUCUCCUAGCGGCCAAUGCAAGCAACAACAACAACAAUCAUUCCCUGCUUUCGGGCCAGGGCAAGCAGCAGCAACCUGCCACAGCAGCAAACGUCGGCACCACGUGGAAGAACGCCGGCAACAUAAACAUCGAUCUGGACAAUCUGCUCGGCAAUGGAGCGAAGGGUAGCAGGGGUGGAUCGGGCGGUGGGGCCGGCGGUUCGAAUGCACCCUCGAUGAACCAGCUGAAAAGCAUUCACUCUAGCCCGGUACACCAACCGAUGGCGGCAGCGUUGAGCCCGCAGCCUCCCUAUGGUGCCGGAGGAAUGGCCCCGACGCCGAUUAAUUUGAUGAUGACUCCCAUACAGCAGCAGCAGCAGCAACCGCCCCCGGUGGGCAUGAUGAUGGGCGGUAUUGGCGGUGGUGCCUUUCUGAACGGCAACAGCAAUAACGCCGCUUCCACGCCGACUGGCGGUGCAAGUUUCGGAUCGUUCAACGCGUUUCAAUGAUCCCACGCCGGCCUGGCCAAAAGUUUGGCGGCCUCUUGCUACUAACCCCGUCGGAGUUGCGAAGAUGGGCGCAGCGCAGUAGUAGAAGCAGAAGAAUACGUCCACUGGAACGAACCUUGAUUGGUGGUUGCCUUUGCGAUCAUCACUCCAGCUGUGCUAAGUAAGUAAAGUGUGAUCGUUCGCGACAAAGCAAGCUGAGGGUGUGGCGAUCGGUAAAAAAAAUAAUGUGCAUAGUAAAACAAAGUGUUAAUUCCUCCAGAAACGCCAAUCAAUCUACUCUUCUUUCCCACCAAUAGCCCACCACCACUAGUCCUGUACCUCGUCCUUGUAUCUUGUUCCUAUCCUCCACUUUGCUCUCCCAAUCUCCCAUUAAACUCGUUCCAACCAAUGCGGCCUACACACAAACACACACACACUCACCCAUGCAUGUAUUGAAGGAUAUUAUUUUGUGUUAUACUUCCAUCUAGGUUUCAAAUUGCAAUUUAGUCAUACUUAGAUAGGGGAAAAGACCAUUAAAAGUUAGAUUUAAAUGAAUUAGACCGCAGCGGGAUGAUAAGUGGGAAAGAAGUGCACGAAGUAGUAGAACGCGUUUACCGAACUAAUAAUCAGUAUUGAAUGUUCUCUACCUGUCCAGCAACACUAGUUGGCAAAUCGUGCUCGUUUGCAAAACAAGAGCGACUUAACCUAGCAAGCAACACACUAAAUCAAAUCCUGUUUCUUCCAUAUUCAUCUUACUUUUUCAAAUGCAAACAUUCUACCGAAAGAGGAUCUAGCGGGCGCUUGAUGUGUGUGUAUGGCGUUCUAUCUAUUUUCUUGAAUCAUUCCGUGAUAUACACAUCAAAAACACUAUAAUACUUUGAAACAAAAAUUUAACAACAAGAAAAAAAUAAAGUUAAAACAUUGUCGGAAACAUUAACAGGGUAAAAAAAAUAAACGAUUAAAGAAAAUCAGUGUUGUGUAGCACCGACUGUGAAACAUUAAAUAUAAUUGAAACAAAUGUUGCAACAAAAACAAAGGCUAAACGAAGAAGAAGAAGAAAAAGCAAGAAGCAAGCACACAGGUUUUGGAAUAUUACAAAAGCGAAUUGAAGUAUUUUUCGCAACAUACAACUUUUUAAACUAAACUAAAGAAAAGGUUAAAAACGACUAUGCAUUUUGUAAGUGUGUUUCUCUGUGUGUGUGCGUGUAUGUGUGUGUAAAUGUGUCUUACGAAAGUUUUGCACAAACAGAAACAAAACAAACAAACUGGCCAAUACACGGGGUCAAUACAGGAAAAUAAUGCAAAAACCAAAAUGGCAAAAGAGAGAUCGAAAUAGAAGAAAACAAAAAAUGGUGCAUACGAGAAAUGAAAAAAAAAACAAAAAAACAAAAGACCAUAAAAACACGUAGACAUCCAGAUUAAUAACAACAUCCAGAAAAGAUUAUCCUAUUGGAAAAGAUAAUCGUGUCGGAGAAUGAAACUGCAUGAUACGUUCAUCAUAUUAGAUUAUGUUAUGGAAAAGCAAAAAAAGCAAACAAACAAAAUAUUGUUAACGCAUUCUAUCAUUAGCAAAAGUAGAGCAAAAUGCAAAGCGUGUUUGGAAAGUUUACUGAAUCCAUCUUUGUUUUGGUUUCCUAUUACCACUUACGGGGAACACACACACACUAUUGGUGGCGGGCACCGGGCACUAGCUAAUAUUUAAUGUUUGUUUGGCUGUUUGUACUGUUAAACAACGGAUUCCAAAACACUUCAAACUGUUUUUAUUAUUAUUAUUAUUAUCAUUAAUAUUCUUUUCGCGCCUUUUACGCUUUUUAAUGCAAUUAUGUUACAAUUAUGCACAUUGUUACACGUAAGUGAAUGAAGCUACUAAAUACGUGCGCGCAGAAACUUCCCCUUUUGUAUAUGAUUAAGCGUUUAAGAAGUAAAACAAACACAUUUAUGGAAGCGUAUAUUGCAUUUGACUGUACACGUUAUACAUUAUAUUUCCGUUCCAUUUGAGUAUUAGUGUCUUCCCUUUAUUAGUUUUUUUUACAUUUUUUGUUGAGUUGUUUUUUUUUAUUAAUUAUAUACAUAUUUGUCUUCAUUUUCCGUUUGCCUUUAUCUUUGUUUCAUCAUACGGUUUUAAGAUUUUAGUAUGCUUUAAUAUGCUGACAUCAACUAUAGAAAACUCUUACUGCUUUCUAUAUUUCAUGUCAAAAACUCACCCCCGGCGUGAAAAUGGCAUGGCAUGUUUCCAGAAAAUUACCACAUUUUAACUUUGUUGUAUUUGUUACAGCAGCGUUUUGUAAACUUCCGUUUCUGUUGCUUUCCCCACAACUAUUUCGAGAAGAAAGAAACAAAAAAGAUGCGUAACGACAAUAACAUGAUACAAAAAAAUCAUGCAAAACAAUGCAAAACAAGAACGAAAAUGUAAAACACAGCGAAACAAAACAAAUUCCUAGAUACAAUGUGAAAACGAGUUUGUUGACAAACCGAAACUGAUUGCAAACUGAUUUUUAAAUAUCGAAACUUACAUAUCGUGCAUAGGAGUAGUAGUAAAAGGGUGAAAAGUGAAAAGAAAAGGCCAAACAGAACGAAACGAAACGAAACGGAAUGAAACAAAAAAAAAAACAAAUGCAGAAUGGACUAAUGAGAAAAUAGGUAAAUGCAUCGAGGAUGAUGAUCGUUUUCUAUUUGUACGUAUCGAUGAAAGAUGAAAGAAUGAAUGAAUCAUUUGGUGUAGCCCACAACAACACACAGGCGAAGGGAAAAAGGCAAACAAAAUGCUGUAAAAAUAUACAUUCUUUACAAAUAUAUAAAACACAGCUGUCGUUUAAAUGCCAGUACAUGAAGAGUGAAAGUGUGUUGGCGAGGCACGGGGCGCUGUCAGCCUCAUACUGAAUGAUAUUGGGCCAAUCUACGUUGCAAUACUAUUAAUGUUAGGGAACGGGACGGGAAUCCCCUUGCGGCAAACGAGCCGGUGCCGGUGGUUUCCACGAAUUUGUUUUUUUUUCCUCAGUCCAUCUGUUCAAAGUUGUUGAUUGUAGUUGAAUUUAGUAGUGUACUACUUCAGUGCUAUACAAGGCGUCGAAAUUGCAACGGCAUACUACACUUGCGUCAUUAGUACCACCUCUUAUUACACCUUACAAGUAGGGCGCCAUCCACCAUCCACUCUGGUUUCGAUCCUGAACCGCGUGAUGUACCAAAUAUUUGGAUGUUAACCAUGUUCGCGGGCGGCGGCAAAUCGUCCGGCAAGCCGCGGGUGCCAGCAUGGAAAGAUUCUAAUUACUUUACUUAUUGCAGCAACCGUGUGGUUAGCACAUGCUGUGAGCAGCAAGUAGAGCAUAAGCAAUGUAAAAAUGAAUUUGCAUGGAAAACGAAGGAAAAUCACGAAUCAAAAAGCUGUGCCCAGAAUCAAUACGAAUAUAUACCGGUGGGAAACAAUAACAAAUUGCAAAACAGCACGAACAUUGGAAAUCGUUAGACAGGUUUAAACGAAAGCAUAAUUAACAGAGGAUGUAUUUUUGUUGAAAUAAAAGUCAAAAGUGUAAACUAUA